AUGCCUCCUAACACUGUUCACUCCAGAUCACAAGACGAAGGUGUCUCUUUGGAAGAGUCCCUGAAUCGUCUUGUGGAAGCUACACCUUAUUUUGACAUGGAAGUACCUCAUGCCUCGCUCUUUGAAGGUGCUUAUAAGGUCGUCUCUUGUGUCUUUCCCGAAUGGAACUAUAAAGACAUUAAGUUUGUUCAAUGCAAAGAUGGCAUCACCAACCAACUGGUCAGAGUGACUUAUACACCUACGGAUUUCUCAGUGUUAGUUCGUGCCUAUGGUAAAGGAUCUGAAUUAAUCAUUGACCGUAAGCAAGAAGUGCUUAACAUCAUUACGCUAUCAGCGCAAGGCAUGUGUCCUCCCUUGUACGCUCGAUUCAAGAAUGGAUUAGUGUAUGGAUUUAUUAAAGGCAAAGUAUCUACUGUGGAAGAAUUAGGACAGGAAAGAACUGCUCAUUGGAUCGCUAAAAAAUUGGGUCAAUGGCAUCAAGUGAAAUUACCUUCUGAGCGUCAUGAUUCUAAGAAGGAACAAAAGUUAUGGAAGACAAUGUACAAAUGGCUGGAUCAAGUGCCUGAAAAGUAUGAGAACGCACAAACCCAAUCUAUCUUUAAAAGCCGAUUUGAUAUCACAAAGAUUAGAACUGAGUUGGACGAGUUGAUUGUCAAGCUGGAAAAAUUGGAUUCACCCAUUGUGUUCUCUCAUAACGAUUUGUUAUAUGGAAACAUUAUUUACGAUGAAGAAAAGGAAGAGGCGAGUUUCAUUGAUUAUGAGUAUGGUUGUUAUGCGUUCCGGGGAUUCGAUAUCGGGAAUCACUUUAAUGAAUUUGCGGGUUUUGAAUGUGAAUAUUGGAGAUAUCCUACCAAGGAAUUCCAAAUGAAGUGGUAUCAAUGGUACCUGGAGUCCAAUAACAAUGGAGGUAAGAGAAAAAAAAAAAUGGAGGAGGAACUAACCAAAAAAAAAAAAAAAAUUGUAGUGCCACCCUCUGAGGCGGAAAAGGAGAAACUGUUUAGAGAAGUGGACGCUUAUUCACUUGCAUCUCAUUAUUAUUGGGGUUUAUGGGCCAUGAUCCAAGCCCUGAUUUCAGAUAUCGAUUUUAAUUACAUGGAAUAUGCCGUACUUCGUUUCAAUGAAUAUGAUAGACGUAAAAAUGAGGUUCAAUUUUAA